AUGGGUUUUUUAUUGUCUUUUUUGCAGAUUUUGUUCUUAGCUGGCCUGGCAUUUGUAAUAGGCUUGGAGAGAACAGCAAGAUUUUUCUUCCAAAAGCAUAAGGUGAAGGCCACAGGGUUCUUCCUUGGGGGCAUUCUGGUUGUCCUCCUGGGAUGGCCCAUGGUCGGCAUGUGUGUGGAGAUGUACGGGUUCUUCUUGUUAUUCAGUGGGUUCUUCCCUGUAGCUGUCAACUUUUUAAGACGUGUACCAGUUGUAGGAACAAUAUUGAAUCUACCGGGUAUAAGAUCGUUUGCGGACAGAGUGGGAGAAUCUGGCUCUAUGGACAAAGUGUAAUGCCAGUACAACAGAAUCCACCAUGACGCUCAAAGUACAUCCAUAUGUAAAUAGUGACCAGCACUGUCUCCAUUUUCAUUUCCUAAUGGCUCGGCCAUUCAUAUCGUCAAGUUGAUUUCAUAAAUUGUCACCUGCUUACAUGAUGGGCCCUGAACCAUGUCACAGAAAUACAAAUGGUUCCACUUCCAGGUUCAGCAUAUGUUAUAGUUUACUCUUUCUAUCAAUCCUGAGGACCCGGGUUAGAAUUGGUCCCAUGCUUGUCGUAAGAGGCGACUGACGGGAUCGGGUGGUCAGGCUCGCUGACUUGGUUGACACAUGUCAUCGUAUCCCAAUUGCGUAGAUCGAUGCUCAUGGUGCUGAUCACGGAAGUGUCUGGUCCAUAACUCCAACAAACAAACAUUGUUUCUGCUCAGAUUCAGUCGAAGUUUAUACCACUUUCUUUUAAAAAAGAAUUAAUUGCCAGGAAUGUAUUUUCUCUGAUUUAAGCUAUGGUGUGGUAGUUAUAAUAUAUGUAUGUUUUUGGAGUCAAAUUUAGUCAGAACAGCUAUACAAACGAACAACUACAUGCAUAUAAGACAUGUGAGUUGAUAUUUUAAUUUUUGCAGUCAUCUGAUCUACGGUUAAACCAUUAUGUCUGUCCAGAACCAACAUUGGUAAAAUUAGUUAAACAGUUUACAUAGACGUAUGACGAUUGUAACACUAAAGGGGCUUGUAGUACGGAUUCAGAACGGUAUCUCGCCUUCUGAAUAUGAAAGAUUAGCUGCGCCAGACGACAUUUUCCAAAGGGAAAGACGUACCAGGUUCAUCUUGGACAACUCACAGCACCAUUCCAUUCGUGACCAACUCGUGUUACUCCGAGACAAUCCGAGUGGUGACGAAUGGCAUCAUUCAUGUCCACUCAAGUCAUCCCGGACAAGAUCGCAAGAGACGGGUCGAGACGGAGAUGCAUAUGGCAUCCGGGUAUUAUGUGGAGCAUCAACAGCUGAUCACAGAGAUUGACGUAAAAACAUAGCAAGGGUACCCCUGACUGUACAUUAUUCUGAUGUUGUUAAAAGUUCACAUUGCAGAGAAGGAGAAUAAAACAAAAAUAGCCAGUUU